CAUCAGUUGGAAAUCUGGAACAAUCGAUGCCUAUUCCAAUGGCGGCUAAUGUAAGAACCCGUUCUCAAAUAGUAGAAUACAACCAUUUCAAUGUAAGUGCCGCCAUUCCUGAUAAGAAAGCUGGGGUUUUGCCGAAGGAUGAUGGAAUAGAAAAGCGUUACAGAGGGGUGCGGAGGCGUCCAUGGGGGAAAUUUGCAGCGGAAAUAAGGGAUUCGACGAGGCGAGGCACGAGGCUUUGGCUGGGCACAUUCUCUACUGCAGAAGCGGCAGCCAUGGCGUACGACAAAGCUGCUUUCAGAAUGAGGGGGCCUCGCACAUUCCUCAACUUUCCAGUUGAAAUUGUGUGUAGGGCAUUGGCGCAUGACCUCAAUUCGGAAACCGCCAACUCUCACACCAGUUCUCCAGCUUUCCAUGAUAUUUUUUGCAGAAAAAGGGGGUCUUUGGAAGAGGAGCAGCAGUCACAGAUGAAAAGAUUCAAAACCCAGCCACAAAUUUGGACUUUUGAUGCCGUUGGUGGUGAUAUUUUGGGCUCCUUCGAAUUGGAGGGAACAGAUUUGGGUACGGAUUAUUGGGAAGAACUGCUUCUUUCAGCCGAGACUAACGAAUUCCUGAGCUUGUUAAAUCCGGAAAUGGCGAUCCCCGUAGGACGCACCAAUGCAUAAAUUAGGGGGUGGAUUGCCAUUUCUGUUAAAUCCCAAUAUUAGAGAUGGGUUACUGUAAUCGUUAUAGAU